CGAUGCUGCACCAAUUGCCAGGAUCCUGGCCAUCGAGCGCCACAGUGCCCAUUGCCUCGAGGGGACAACAGGAAAUGCGGAGGUUGUGGGGAGACGGGGCACGUCCCGCAUGAAUGCGAGAAACGCGAAGCCCAAGUGCGAUGCUACCUAUGUCGAGAGUCAGGUCACCAGAGCAACGAAUGU